UUUGUCACUAUCUCCUGCUCGUAUUUCUCAGCAGCAGAAUCGCAUGUUUUUUUGCUAGUAUUUUAGAUUUUAUUUAUAAGUGAAUUACAUAAAAAUGGAAGAAAACACACCUACAGUUAGCUUAGUAUCAUGUAUGCAUUUUGUUAGGCGAGGUGUGGCUAAAGCGGUUCCCGAAAAGAUUGAACUAACGGAAAAAGAAUUAGAGAAAAUAAUCAAACAGACCGCAAAUGAUUUAAGAUUAACGGAAGCCGGAGACGAUGUCAGCGACGAAGAAGGCGAAAGUUCUCGCGGGCCACCAGACCCGCCCGCUAAUCCAAAUGAUGAAUUUGACUUUGAGCACUAUGACCAGGACGACACAAGUAAUCCAGUUGGUAUUGGCUCAGUGGCAACAUUACCCAAUUUAGGUGACUUAAGUGAAAAUGUUCAAAUUAGGACAGAAGGACCAGACAGUGAUGAGGAGGAUGACAUCAUCAAAGCCGACGAUAACCUGCUUCUAGUUGGUCACGUUGAAAGCGAUGCCAGCGUACUGGAAGUAUACAUUUUCAACAAAGAGGAAGACUCGUUUUAUGUCCACCACGACAUCAUUCUUCCAUGGUUCCCGCUGUGCAUCGAGUGGCUGAGCCAUGACCCUUCAGACCCUAACCCAGGCAACCUCUGUGCCCUCGGGGGCAUGGACCCAGUGAUCCAGGUGUGGGACCUCGACAUCGAGAACUGUUUGGAGCCGGCCUUCAAGCUCGGCAAGAAGCCCAACAAGAAGAAAAAGACUAAGCGCGUGGGACACAAGGACGCUGUGCUUGACCUGUCUUGGAAUAGGAAUUUUUCACAUGUGCUGGCAAGCGGGUCUGCAGACAACACAGUGCUCCUCUGGGACCUGGACCAAGGGUCGCCGCACACAAAACUAAACUACUUCGAAGAUAAGGUGCAAUCGGUGUCGUUCCACCCUCUAGAAGCGCAGACGUUGUUGACGGGCGCGUGCGACGGGCGCGCGCGCGUCAGCGACUGCCGGACGCCGGACGCGCGCCGCGCCUGGCAGCUGCCGCCCGAGAUCGAGCGCGCCGUGUGGGACACGCAGAACCCAUUCUGCUUCGCCAUGAGCAACAACCAAGGAAAAGUAGCGUACGUGGAUUGUAGACAGGAUGAGCCGCUAUGGACCAUAGAUGCACACGAAAAAGAAAUCACAGGUCUAAUACUAAGCGACAAAGUUCCCGGCUUGAUGGUCACUGUCAGCACAGAUGGAAAAAUGAAAUCGUGGGACAUAACUAGCGGCGCAUGCGUGCAAGUGAGCGAGCGUUCGGGCCGCGUGGGGCAGGCGCUUUGUGCGGCCGCGUGUCCCGACGCGCCAUUCUCUCUGGCAGUGGGCGGGGACAAUAAGGAGUGCUUCAUAGAGGUCGUCGACUUGUUGGCCAGCGACACAGUUUCAAAUCGCUUCGGGUCGCGGCCGCUGGUGUCUAUAACGGUGGAAUCAAACGAUAACGCUAUGGAAGCAUAGAAUAUAAUUUUACAUUUAUAAAAUAUAUUACCCUGUUUACAAAA